AAGUUUUCAUUGAGGCCUCCCCUUCAUGAGACCAACGCGCCGGCCCUACGGAGCUCGGCGCGCGACGGGACCCCGCGUCUUCGGAUGGGCCACAUCCUUGAGGGAAAGCGCACUUCGCAUUUCACGCGCCCCGCCUCUCAACGCGCCAUCAAAACUAUGCGACGAUACAGCGCGCAGCUGAUCCAAAGCCCCAAACGCGCCCCCUUUUUUUUUUCCCCAGAAACCUCGAAGCGCGCAUUCGAACGCUCCGCGCGCCGCGUCUCCCCGCCCGAGGGCACACAGACUGUUUCUGCGUACCAAAAUGGCUCUUCGACGCGACCAACCCUUCAGAGCCGAAACAAAUUUGCCACGUGUUCGUAUCGUUCGCCGACUGUCGAGGCGCGAUGGCAAGCUCUCCCCUAACUGUUGCAAUUGGAUAAACCUCGACGUGUGCGCCACGCAAGCUGCCGUGUCGCGCCUGCCGUGUAUACCUGUCCUAGAUGUCAAGCAAAGUACUGCGGCCUGCCUUGCUACAAAAAGCACGGCGAGGCCUGUAUGGAGGAGUUCUACAGACAGCAGUUCAUAAGCGCCAUCCGGAGCCAAAGACCCGCGACGGAAGAAGAAAAGCGAGAGCUCUUAGACAUAUUGGACCGAGAGUCCAUCCGACGCCGGCAAGACGAGGACGAGAUGAAGCGUUUAUUUGGCGACUUGCCUGCUGAUGACUCUGCGGAAGACGCUCGCGAAAGCAAGGAACCCACGGAAAUCUCUGAGCUGUCCGACCUCGACCCGUACGACCCUCGACUCUCCGAACAUGUCCCCCCCAGUCUGGUGUCAGAGAUGAACGAGUGGAUCAAGUCCGGGCUACAUUCUUCGGUCAUCAAACCUUGGAUUCCGUGGUGGUACAGAAACCAUCUGACCCCAGCAAUCUCUGUCUCGGACGAGUUCCAAGAAGCAGGCAGCCAGGUCAACGACGAGACGUACCAAGACGACGCCGAGGCGAAACUAGAGCUAGAACCAGCUUCUAGUCCUCAAAUCUUGAGCUCUGUACCGCCUAUCUCUUCUUUGACGAAGAGCCGACCGUCUCCCCUCAACCUGUUUAACAUCACUAAUGUCGUAUAUGCGUACGUAUACGCAAAGCUGAUUUACAACGGCGACUGGGAAGGAGACGUAGAAAGCGAAGUUGUCGACGUGUUGCUUUCGACCUCCUUGACACUUUCGAAGAACCUCGUCUAUCAAAAUGCGACCACUGCCUGUCAAAGUGCAAUCGAAGCCUCCGUUCGACUGGUCUAUGCCAGACAAACGCCGAGGUUCUGCGUGUCGAUCAUCCGUGACGUGGUGAAGAUCUUCGCCAACGGCUCGCCCUUUGUGCAGGCGUGUUUGAGCGAGUUGUACCGACUUUUUUCGAAGCAACCGAAUGCAAACAUACACAAAAAGCAGGGCUGUUUAUUGAAAAACGUUGCUCGCAAGCUGCUCUUCAUGAUAUCUUGGUGCAAGGACCAAGCGGACAUCCAGCCGUAUCUGCGUGUGUGCCGAGAACUCGAGGCCAUGCUGCUGGAAAAAGAAGCCGACAUGGCGGCGAGCAGGCUGGAGACGGGUGUGAAGGACAAAAAAAUCGAAGUGCUUGAAGACGAGUCAAGAGAAGAAGAGCAGCUUUGCACGCGGGCGUGAACCUUGUUGAGUCUUGUUAUAACAGGCGGGAGGUCUUGGCUGCGAGAAAUCGAGGGCCAACUCGUACACGCUCCGGAGCGGACGAUUUUGCAAAAGGAGAAGCUCAAAGGUCAAGUGGAUGGCGCUUGUCACCAAUGGCACAGAUCGUUACCCCCUCUCGCUGAGAGGAGAAGAGACGCCCUAAAGAACCUGCCAAGUCGGCUUUGCCUAUCAUCUACCCAAUUUUUCACGUCGUGCGAGAUUUCGAAUGCCGAAGAACGUGAGUCAUAGAAGUGAGCAGACUAGCAAGCUUGGCACACACUGGAGAAAGAGAGAGAGCGCGGGGCAGAAGCGUGAUGCUUUGCGGUGAUUGCGCUCUGUUUAUGUCUUAUAUACACGGUCUCAACUGUGGUGGGCACCAACAAAGCGAGUGUGUAGCUAAAUCGAUUUUUUUUUGGUC